AUGGAGUUUGAGGCCGUCGGAAAUGGGUCUUUUCUUUUCUUUUUUUAUACCCAUCUCUCUCUCUCUCUCUCUCUCAACUCCCACCUUCCCCCCAUCCUCCAUGAAAAGAGCGUUUUGAUCCUUCCACCGUGUCUAGAGACUGAGGAAUGGACUUUUUGGAAGGUCAACCAUAGAGGGGCCUUUUGA